AUGGACAGGCGCACCCCCUAUACUCUGAGCGUGCUUGCUCCCAGCACAGAUGGUGCAGAAGAGUCUCGUACCCAAAUCCAGACGAGACUGCGAGAAUUCGUCCUAGAAUUUCAGCUGGACAAUGCAUUCGUCUAUCGCGACCAGUUGCGACAGAACGUCCUUGUUAAGCAAUAUUACUGCGACAUUGAUAUUGCCCACUUAAUUUCCUACAAUGAGGAGCUUGCACACAAACUUACUACCGAGCCUGCAGAUAUCAUUCCCCUUUUCGAGGCAGCUCUUCAGCAAUGUACUCAAAGGAUCGUUUAUCCCUCCCAAAGGGACAUUAUACUCCCACCGCACCAGCUCCUGCUCCACUCUUCUGCAUCGCAUAUUUCCAUCCGUGACUUGAAUGCGACAAAUAUCUCUCACCUUGUGCGCAUUCCUGGUAUAAUCAUUGGCGCAUCCACAAUCUCUUCGAAGGCGACGACCGUCCACAUUCGAUGCAAGAACUGCGAUCAUAGUGAGAAUCUUCGAGUCGAGGGAGGAUUCGCGGGUCUUUCACUACCUCGAAUUUGUGGGCGACAGAAGCUGCCCGGUGAGAACACCGACGAACGAUGCCCACUGGACCCUUACGUUAUCUCCCACGAUAAAUGUCAGUUCGUCGACCAGCAGAUUUUGAAACUUCAGGAAGCCCCUGACCAGGUCCCGGUGGGUGAGCUACCACGUCACGUCCUCAUUUCCGCAGAUCGGUACCUGGCAAACCGAGUCGUGCCUGGUUCCCGUUGCACGGUAAUGGGCAUCUUCUCCAUUUAUCAAGCUAAAGGUGGCAAGAAAGACGGCGCGGUGGCUCUCCGCAACCCGUAUCUGCGGGCGGUUGGCAUUAGCACCGACUUCGAUCAGACUGUGAAAGGCAAUGCCAUCUUCUCGGAAGAAGAAGAGCAAGAAUUUUUGGAAAUCAGUCGUCGACCUGAUCUGUACGAAGCUCUCGCUCGCAGUGUUGCACCAUCCAUCUAUGGGAACAUGGAUAUCAAAAAGGCCAUUGUGUGUCUGCUCAUGGGUGGCUCGAAGAAAAUCCUCCCAGACGGGAUGAAGCUUCGUGGAGACAUCAACGUGCUACUUCUCGGUGACCCAGGUACCGCGAAGUCACAACUGCUCAAGUUUACAGAAAAGGUAUCCCCCAUUGCUAUCUACACGUCCGGUAAGGGUUCAUCGGCAGCCGGAUUGACCGCGUCGGUACAACGAGACGCCGCCACGCGCGAGUUCUACCUAGAAGGCGGAGCAAUGGUUCUUGCCGACGGGGGUGUGGUAUGUAUUGAUGAGUUCGACAAGAUGCGAGACGAAGACCGAGUCGCCAUUCACGAAGCUAUGGAACAACAAACCAUCUCGAUUGCCAAGGCCGGUAUCACAACGAUUCUCAACUCGAGAACUUCCGUAUUGGCUGCAGCAAACCCCAUAUUCGGACGAUACGACGAACUGAAAUCUCCUGGCGAGAACAUCGAUUUCCAAACCACGAUCCUGUCCCGUUUCGACAUGAUCUUCAUCGUUCGCGACGAGCACGAUCGAAGCCGUGAUGAAAACAUCGCGCGACACGUCAUGGGCGUGCACAUGGGUGGACGAGGUGUGGAAGAGCAAGUAGAGGCGGAAAUCCCCUUGAACACGAUGAAACGCUAUAUCAGCUACUGCCGGACUCGCUGUGCCCCUCGUCUGUCUCCGGAAGCCGCCGAGAAACUAUCCUCGCACUUCGUCUCCAUCCGAAAGCAAGUUCACCGUGCCGAACUGGACGCCAACAACCGUUCAUCGAUCCCUAUUACGGUGCGUCAGCUUGAAGCCAUUGUUCGUAUAACCGAGUCGCUGGCCAAGUUGAGCCUGUCGCCCGUUGCUACGGAAACACAUGUUGACGAGGCCAUUCGUCUCUUCCUGGCCUCGACCAUGGAUGCAGUCACCCAGGGCGAGGGUCAAGGCAGCAAGGAGAUGAUGGAAGAAGUCAGCAAAGUUGAAGACGAGAUGAAACGCCGACUUCCCAUCGGAUGGAGCACCAGUUUAGCGACUCUGCGGCGUGAAUUCGUCGAUGGAAGAGGCUACAGCGAACAAGCUUUGAGCCGGGCCCUUAUGGUUCUUCAGCGGAGAGAUACCAUACGUAUCCGUUCAGGUGGAUCCCAAGUGUACCGGCACGGAGUUUAG